AUGGAGAAGGCGGAGAGCACAAUUGUGCGAUCCUAUCCUUCGAAAGAGCGCUGUCGACUAAUGGACUCGCCCCGGGAACACUCAGAAAGAAGCUUCUUGCUUCCUAUUCCCGGCCCUCGCUUUCCGGACAAGAAUUCCACAAUUUCGACGACUUAUGCUUUGAAACGGGUGCAGCCCUACUUCGUGGCGGCGAUUCUUGGAACGCUUCUCUUUCCAGCAGUCGGCAUUUUCGCCAUCGUCAACUCUGUGAAAGCAAAGUACGCCAAGUUAGAUGAAGAUUUCGACGAAACGAUGAAAAAUAUUCCCGUUAAUUUCACUCUGCUUCUUUCAAGAAUGAGUGAUCUGGAAAACUUCGACUUCGAUACCAUUUUCGACGAUCACACGAUUCGGGUAAAGAAGGAGUUCGUUGAUGUAGCGUUUAUUCUCGCCAAGAGGGCUGAGAAUGAAAAGCGUCUUCGCGAGGAUGAAGAACGAAGAAAAAAAGAAGCCGAAUCAGCAGUUGUGGAGAACGGACAAAAGAGAGAGACGGAAGCAGCUUCAGAAGAAGAACCGCCAGAUAAGCGCGCAAAGCCGAGUGGGAAGAAAGAACGCGGCCAGAAUAAGAAUCGUGGACAGCACUUCGAGGACAAGCCGGACGACAAGCAAAAAAUCUGCCGCUCGUACAUGAAGGGGCAAUGCGAGUUCGGUGAUGCGUGCAAAUGGUCGCACGACGAAAUGGCUAUUUACAAUAGCAGAGAGCCGGAUUUAGGGCCCAUUCUAGGCAUCAAAUGUCCCACCUAUGAAAAGUAUGGCUUUUGCCACUACGGUAUAUCCUGUCGAUUCUGUGAUACUCACGUCACUCUCAAAGAUGGCAAACUCGAGAAUUCGCCCCACCCGACGAUUGAGCACCGGCGAAUCGACUACUACGAAUGCAACAGGGUCAACGGCGCGUUUCUUUCCAUGCUGAGGUCCAAUCGCUACUCUUUUUCUAAAACUGUAUCUUCUCUCAGAGAGCUUCCGAAGAACCUCCAGCCAAAACAUAUGGGUAAAACGAUUCGAAAAGGUCGACAUGGGCAUUACGCGGCCGAUGAAAUACCAAAGGAAUGUUACGCUUCGAAAAACGCGGAAAGACUUGGAGCAGUGGCAGAUGGAGAAAAGAAAACUUUAGAUUUUCGGGGCAAAUCGUAUUUAGCGCCGCUUACGACAGUGGGAAACAUGCCUUUUCGCCGCGUAUGUAAAGACUAUGGGGUUGAUAUAACAUGUGGAGAAAUGGCCACUUGCAAGAAUCUAGUGAUGGGAAAGAUGUCAGAAUGGGCGUUGAUCGCUGGUGCAUGGCCUGACGAGCUCUGCAAAGUGGCAGAACUUGUUGGAGAGUUCUGCGACGUGGAUUUUAUCGAUAUUAACUGUGGCUGUCCUCUUGACUUAAUUUGCAACACGGGCGGAGGAUGUCGAUUGGGAAAGGCCCCAGAUAAGCUUGCCGGCUGUAUUUCUUCGAUGAAGGUAGCAUCUGGUCUUCCUGUCACUUGCAAAAUAAGAACGGGCUGGAAGCCAGAAGAUGACAUGGCACACAAACUAAUCGCGAAGCUGAAAGAGGCACAGCCAGCUCUUAUAACACUGCACGGAAGAUCAAGGAUUUGCCGCUACACGGGCGUCGCGCGAUGGGAUUACAUUAAUAAGUGCUCUGAUGUAGCAAAAGAAAUCGAUGUCCCAUUUUUUGGAAACGGCGAUGUUUUAUCUUACAGCGACUAUGCAGAAGCGAUCGAAAAAUAUGGAACCGACGGGGCAAUGAUAGGCCGUGGAGCCCUAAUCAAGCCCUGGGUAUUUGAAGAAAUAAAAGAGCAGAAAGUGAUGGACCCAAGUUCUUCUGAAAGACUUGAAAUGUUAAAGAAAUUUGUCAGAUACGGACUCGAGCACUGGGGAACGGACCAACAAGGAAUAGCAAACACGAGAAGAUUUCUACUUGAAUGGCUCUCGUUUUUGUGCCGUUAUGUGCCGACUGGGAUUAUAGAGGGACAACCGCAGAAGAUCAAUCACCGUCCACCGCCUCUUGUGUGCCGAAAUGAGUUGGAGACAUUGAUGACAUCUUCGGAUUGCAACGAUUGGAUUAAGAUCACCGAAAUGCUACUUGGCCCUGUACCGAAAAGCUUUCGCUUUGUUCCUAAGCACAAAGCAAACGCUUAUAAAAAAUAG